AUGGCGCCCUGCACCCUCAAACCCCUGGCGACCUUCACCCCGCCCUGCAACUCCCGCACAUGGAUGUCAACCCCACACCCGCACCUCCCAAUCCUCGCGACAGCAUGCUCAGAUAAGACUGUGCGGAUCUACAGUUUGCAGAAUUUCACGCAGUUGAGUGUGAUUUCGGGCGGUCAUAAGAGGAGUAUUAGGAGUUGUGCGUGGAAGCCGAAUAGUAAGGGACAGAGUGUGCUGGCGACGGGGAGUUUCGACGCGAGUGCGGGGAUUUGGAUGAGGUUUGAGGAAGGGGCGGGGGGUGGGGGCAUCGGAGGAGAGGGCGGUGAGGGAAUGGAGGUCGAUGUGAUGAAGGGGUUAGCAGGAGGAGAUGGGGAGGAAGGGGACGACGAGGAAGAGUGGAAGUUGGAGGUCAUCCUCGAUGGCCAUGACUCUGAGAUUAAGAGUUUGCAAUUCUGCCCCACUGCGCCGUUGCUCGCGACGUGUAGUAGGGAUAAGAGUGUGUGGAUCUGGGAGGAGCUGGAGAAUAAUGAGUUUGAGACUAUGGCGGUGCUGCAGGAUCAUGAGGGGGAUGUCAAGUGCGUGGGCUGGCAUCCGAGUGAGCAGCUGCUGGCGAGUGGGAGUUAUGAUGAUUGUGUGAGACUGUGGAGGGAGGAUGUGGAUGAUUGGGCUUGUUGUGCGCUCAUAACCGGGCACAAGGGGACGGUGUGGUGGGUGGAGUUUGAGGGAGAGGAGGUGAAGGGUGUGCUUGCGAAGGAGGAGGGGCUGACGGAUGAGCAGAACGCGUGGUUGGAAGAGAGGGAGCAGAGUGGACCGCGCUUGAUGACUGCGAGUGACGAUAAGACGAUACGGAUAUGGAGACGAAAGCCGAAAGAGAAGCCUGAAGCGCCAACGGGACAGGGACGAUUACCCAGCAUCUGGAAGAACAACAACUUCGAGGAAGACUGGUUCGAAGAAGCACGGCUCCCACAGGUACACGAAAUGCCAGUAUACGCCGUCAGCUGGAGCAAGAAAACAGGCAGAGUGGUCAGCACAGGCAGCGAUGGCAAGAUCGUGGUAUACGAAGAACAAUGGCGAAGCAGCGAAGCUAAAGAUGUUGAGAUAACAGCCGCUACACCACCACCUCCCGAGAACAAUGGACAUACUCAACAGCACGCUGGGUUGACAGAGUGGGCCGUGGUCGGAGUCGCGGAGAAUGCGCACGAUGUCUUUGAGGUUAAUCAUGUUGUCUGGGUACCACGCUUUGACAAAGGGAAGCGCUUCGAGGGCGAAGAAGUAGUCGUCAGCACCGGUGAUGAUGGAGAAGUUAAGGUCUGGGCGCUGGACGAUUGA